UCUGGUUCGUUUAUUCAAAAAGAAUUUAGGAGUGAGAGAAAAGUGAAGGAAGCCAGAUAGAGUUGAGGUUUUUAAAUAUGUUUUUAAUCUCUAAAUCACUCCAAUAGUUUUUUAUUGACAUAAUCCACACGUUAUUUUGAGGCAGGGGUUUUCAUUGUGAUCAGACUCUCAUAAAUUAUUUGUAAAGUUGCUUUGAAGAAACUCCGAUUCGAGCAGGUGGAGCAUCAAUUCCGACACGUCAAAAGGGGACUUGGAUCUUCUUUUGGGAUAUAAUUGUUGCCAGCAUUUGUAUGCUACUGGCCUACGUUAUUACAUUGAUAGGUCAGUUAUUUGUUUGAAGGACGUUUCCAAAACAAAAGCCGGCUUUUUGUUCGUCUUUGAGUUAGCGCUAUUUACCGUUCACCUGUCAUUGUAGCCUAAAGACUGAAAAUGUCUGCUGAAAGGUAUUCGACUUUGGAUGAACCGUCGCUUCGGAAUCUGCUGGAUGGGACGAUGGACCUGGAUGAGCGGCGGCUGAUCCGUUCAGCCAUCAGAGAGCUGAGGAGGAGAGAGAUAGAGGACAUGGAGGCAGCCCUGGCCAGCAAACGCUUCCGGCACAAACGCCUCAACCAGAAUGACGACAAAGAGAACCAGCUCACAAAUAGGUCAGAUUUGGGUGACUCCCUAAACAUGCUCUCUGUGAAACUACAAGCCAUCCAGGACAUGGAGGAACUGACUGGACUGCUGCGCGGGGCCACUGAGUAUGAGGAGAGGAAACUGAUCAGAGCUGCCAUCCGCCGCCUCCGAGACGAGGAGCAGCAGGGUACAGGGCAGAAAAGGGGAACCACCGGCCGAUGCCUGGAAUCUGAGGGCCUGGAUCUCCAAAACAGCCUGGGAGCAGGGGACACAGAAAGGGAGAGCUUUGGUGAGCGAGAGAGAAUCAAGUCACAGAUCCGGGAGCUGCGCAGCCACCAGUCGCAGCAGGGCAGAGAGCUACAUAGGACAGGCUCCAACACAGGCAUGGUUCUAGUUCUGGACCCCCUGGUGAGAAAAGAGGUCUCCGGCCCUCUGCUGAACCACCCAAAGAUCUGGGACCCUGUGACAUCAUCAGAGGUGGAUGUGGUCCUGUCCCACCGCCAGUGCUCUGACUCGACAUCCUCGGACCACACCCUGGCUUCCAGGCCACGUCUCGACUCAGGAGCCUCAGAGAAGAGCCUUGGUCUGGGCUCAGCCUUCAGAACCAGGAUGGACUCAGGAGCGUCAGAAAAUAGCCUGGGUCUGGGCUCAGCCUUCAGGACAAGGGUGGACUCAGGAGCCUCAGAAAAGAGCCUUGGUCUGGGCUCAGCCUUCAGAACCAGGGUGGACUCAGGAGCGUCAGAAAAGAGCCUGGGUCUGGGCUCAGCCUUCAGGACCAGGGUGGACUCAGGAGCGUCAGAAAAGAGCCUGGGUCUGGGCUCAGCCUUCAGGACCAGGGUGGACUCAGGAUCGUCAGACAGAAGCCAGUGUUCAGUCCACAGAGGCAGACUGGACUCUGGGGCCUCCGAGUCCCGCUUCAGACCGAGACUAGACUCUGGCACAUCAGACUCCAGCACGGGACCGCCAGCCCCUCUAGGCUCUGAGACCUCUGACAGUGCAGGGCUGCUGUCACGGAAACGACUGGACUCUGGGACUUCUGACCUGAGCGUGGGUGUCUCUUCUGUUGAGCGGGGCCGUGUGGAAGAGCCAGAGGUGACCAUGAGUAGCUCCUCCUCCAGCACACAUUCAGAGGCUGAGAGCACCAACCACCAUUCAGCCCAACCCCGCCAAGACCGCUCCACUACCAACUGUGAUCAGCCUGAUGGGGCCGUCCCAUCCAGGAAAGCCUCAGACUCCCACAGUACCUUGCUCAAUGGCAGUUCCAAGGGAAAAGGAGACAUCCAGGAACAGAAGGUCAGAGAUACUUUAUUCACUACUCUCAGCAAAGCAAGCGAUGCAGUGCCUGAAAAGAAGCCGGUUGUCUUGGCCCCGUUUGGCCGGGCUAACUCUGUGCGGGACCGUAUGCGUAAGUUCACAGAGCCCAGCCCAAGCCCCAGUGUCCCAUUCCUGAAGAGGGGCUCUCAGUCUCUAAGGAAUGGGACAGCCCCCAGUGCCCGAGUCCUAGGCAGAGCCACCGAGCUGAGUGAGGGACGAGCAGCAGGGCCAGUCAACCAAACAGCAAUGACCACAGCAGUAUCCAUCAGAUCCCUUACAGACAGGCACGGGAGACCCCAUGUAGGUUCUUCAUCGUACUCUUCAUCUUCCUCCUCCUCAGAGAACCUUGUCCAAUGUCAGGGCACAAUUCAGCCAGGGGGCGUGGCCACCAAAGAUCUGCAAACCGCUGCUCAAUCCAUGAGCACUGUAGGCGGGGCGAAGCAGCCGGCUAAAAAGCUGCAGCACUCCUCGGGCAUCUCAAAGGAAGACAAGACCCCAGGGAACCAGGGAGAGGCAGACCCCGACAUGAAGACCUUCCUAACUAUCGAGAUCAAAGAUGGACGCACCAUCACCUCCUCCUCCUCCUGCUCCUCCUCCUCUUCCUCUAGAGGCAACCUGGCCUCCAUGACCCCCAUGGCCCAACGCAUCAACACCAACUCCCUGGGACAGAGAGCAGAGUUGACCAUGGGUCUGAGAGCGACCCCCUUCAAGACCCCCUCCAGCCUCACUUCUGGAUCCUCAUUCAAGAUGGAGGCAGAGCCUGUGAUGGCCUCAGAGCCAGUGUUUGCAGUGGAGCCCACGGUGCAGGUGGCAUGCUGUCAGGCCCCGGCUACUGUACCCAACGGCUCUUCUGCAGCUCGGGCCAAAGUCGAAGAACGCUCCGGAAAACUGACUGCAGAACAGCUGGCCGCCAUCGACGAUGAGGAGCUCCUGGAUAAAAUGCUGGAUGAGUCCAAGGACUUUGAGGAGAGGAAGAUGAUCCGACAGGCCAUGAGAGAUCUGCGUAAGAGGAAGAGAGAAGCCGUACUGGGAUGUACACAGGAGGAAAUAGACCAAAGAGAAAAGGAGAGAGAGGUUCGUCUUGUGGAGCUUCGGCAGCAGAGAGAAGAGCGCGCUCAGAAGGGUCGUACGGGAGGAGGAGGAGCUGAAGAGGUCGUGAUGAGGAAGGUGGAGAAGUCAGCUGAUGGCUCCACCCUCAGCCAAGUCACAAAGACAAACCACUUUGCCCAGUCUGGUGAUGGCAGCAGGACAGCUCACAGCACCAUCAUGGAGGCCAGUUAUGUGAAGAAAACAGACAUGGGGACAGUCCAGUCGAAGUCCUACAGCUACUCAUCUACCUCUUCCAGCUCCAGCUCCGCCAGGAAAGUGGGCAGUGUGUUUGACCGUGAGGAUGACACAGCGUCCCGUGCUGCGGAGCGCCGGCAGGCUGAGAAGCGUAAGGAGCUGAUGAGAGCCCAGAGUCUGCCCAAGACGUCCGCCGCACAGUCCCGCAAAGCCAUGAUCGAGAAGUUGGAGAAGGAGAGCGGAGGUCCAGGGAAUAAAGCGGUUGCCAAGGUGAACAUGGUCCAGCGCUCCGCUAGCUGUGUGGUGCCCAAUGCCAACUCCAUCAAACAGAUGCUGCUGGACUGGUGCCGCGCCAAGACCCGCUCAUACGAGAAUGUGGACAUCCAGAACUUCUCAUCCAGUUGGAGUGAUGGCAUGGCGUUCUGUGCCCUGGUCCAUAACUUCUUCCCAGAGGCCUUUGACUACUCCUCUCUCACUGCUGCCAACCGCAGACACAACUUUGAGGUGGCCUUCAGCACUGCAGAGAAGCUGGCUGACUGUCCCGAGCUGUUGGACGUAGAGGACAUGGUGCGGAUGCGUGAGCCAGAUUGGAAGUGUGUGUACACGUACCUGCAGGAGUUCUACAGGGGCCUGGUGACCAAGGGCCUGGUUAAAACCAAAAACUCCUCCUAAGAGUCACACCCCUAGGACCCCAAAUGCACUCAUGGGAAUGUGCCAACUGCAUGCCCCUUCUGGAGGUGGAGGACAUGAUGAUCAUGGGGAGGAAGCCUGACUCCAAGUGUGUGUUCACCUACGUGCAGUCACUGGUCAACCACCUGCGCAGGCACGAGAUGAAUCUCGCCAAGGCCUUUGCCAAACUCCAGGGCACCGACUUCUGAUCUGUCCCUGAGCUCACAGUGUGUCCUCUCCCAUCGCACCACUAUACUGUACCCCUCUUGUCCUCCUGAGCCCUGUCCCUCAACACCACCCCUGUCCCAACAGGCUGACAGCAGCCCAGACUCUGAGUGAGGGGUGUUACUGAUUUGCACAUCUCUGAUGGCCAACGACGGAAGAGUGUUUGUGUAGGAGUGUCUAUCUCUCAUGAUUAUCUUUGUUGACAGUGGUGGGCAUGUCAGACAGAAAUUCCCCUCCUCUGGACACACAUUUGUUCAGGCUGUGCGAACCUUCCCAAAGGAAAACUCCAACGUUUUCAUUAUAGAGAAUCUUUUUAAGCUUUAAUUGAUACGUUAUACUGAAAUGAAGUUGUAGUCUAUCAGUAGGCAAUUCUAUUCAUGCUUUGGAAGUCCUAGGGUUAUGGCACCAGCAAAACCCUGCAUGAAAUGAACAUGAGAAAAAUAUGCAUUUUAUUGUACUCACUCACUCACCUUAAUGCCUACAUGUUUUUUCUGUGACAAUUGUAAGAUGUUACUCAAGCUGUUGGUGAUUAUGAAGAAAAUGAAAAUGCAUCCGUUUUAUAUUCCUUCAGUCCCCACUCUGGUUCUGUUUUUAGGUGUUAACAAAUCUACUUGCUUUUUAAAACACAUCUACUUGAAUUGUUUUAAAUAGUCCUUAUUAUUUCUAUUUUGUUGUUAAUAAUUAUCAUUAUUUAAGUUUAUUCAUAAGCACUGGUAUGGAGGGAUGUUAUUCAGUCAUUGUGUUAUAUAGUAGUUAGCAUUAUGACAUUGGUGGAUCUGUUUGUACAGCCCUAUGCUGAGUAAGAACCAUAUCUGAAUCUACAAACCCAGAUGACGUUAAAGCCAUACUAGGUUGUAAUAGCAAUUUUCUAAUACUGAAAUGUUAAAGCCAGACUAGGUUGUAAUAGCCAUUUUCUAAUACUGAGAUGUUAAAGCCAGACUAGGUUGUAAUAGCCAUUUUCUAAUACUGAGAUGUUAUGAAAGUAGUUGUGUAACUAUAAUUAAUUGUGUAUUUACACCACUCAUAUUUACAUCAUUUUGGUCAAAGUGGAGAAACACCAGUGUUGAAAAGUAGGUUCCAAGUGCUUCUCAAACAGGUAAAAUCACACAUUGGUGUUGUUUCUAGAUUAUCAUGUCUUUAUUUCAGCUCUUCUCCCUGUCCUUGCCUCAGUUUGUUUCAUUGGGGCAUCAAAAUAAUCAGCAUAGGGUUGUCACAUUCAUGUUUGAGAUGCCAGCAAGAAUAAGGCUGUGACCUCAACGAUUUCCCUUCAAAAUAAAAGCCCAGCAAUGAAGAUGGUAUAAAAAUAAUACAAAUGGUCGAAACACGUAACAUUUUAUUAGGACAUUUUCUUUCCUAAUAACAUUUUUAAAAUUUUGUUUAACAAUAUAAAAAAAGGAAAAUAGUUUCCCAACGCCCAUACGAUCAGACUGAGCAUUCAAAUAGCCAAAAUAGGCGCAGGAAAAUAAAUGAUAAAAAAUAUUUUUCUUUAAAUAAACACACAGAGUGAUUUAUUAGACAGAGUGAUGAUUUAAAAAUACAAUUAAAAAGACUGCAUGGGGCUUUAAGGGCCACAAAAUUAGCAGCCCUGACUGGGGUGUAAACUCUGUGGAUUUGGAAACUAGAAGUGCUGUUGAGUAGAAUGGACAACCCUUUUACUGCGACACAAUGUACAGAACAUUUUGUACAGUCCAAAAAAUGAUAGAACAGAAAAAAACAUUGUUGACCAUUUACGCA